AUGAAGGGCCCAAUUCCUUUCGUCAUUGCGUGUCUAUUGAUUGGCGUCUUUUUCGUUACUUUUGGUACAACUGCUAGCGUCCCAUCUGCGGGUGCACUUGGCAAGCGUGACUAUUCGGAUCCUUCUGGUGGUAUCGGAUCGAAUGGCGGGGUUGCCUCUGCAUCUGUCAAUGUUGGAGGUACUGCUCAGAUAACCAGUGCUGCUGCGGAUAUGAACAAUGGAAAUGGAGGAUCUUCGUCGAGCGCGGCUGCUGAUGCUGCUAAUUCCGAGUCUGCCAAUGCAAUUGGCUCGUCGCCUACUUCUUCUACUGCUGUUGGUGGUGUUGAGGUCAUUCCUUAUGAUUCUUCUGGCACUCCCGCUGCUGAAUCUCAGUCAAGCUCUAGCAACCCUGUUAUUGUGGAGCAAUCAAGCACUUCGUCCAGCUCCCCGGCCUAUUCGAACCAGGCGAGCCCUGCUGAUUCUGCGACAACUAGUGCUGCCAUCAAUUCGCAGGCAGUUCCCGAUCACUCAAGCUCUGCUAUCAAUGCCGAGACCUCUCCAGCAGGCCAUGGCUCUGCUAGUUCUGCUGAACUCACUGUACCUGGUAGCUCAUCGAGCUCUGCUCACAUCCCCGCAGAAACUGGAACCGCAAGCUCGCAAGGAUCGUAUGUGCCCUCUGUUGCUGGUGGUUCAUCAGCUGCAGGUACCACAUCUGCCGCUGUUCAUGGUCGCUUGACAACUUCGACUAUCUACAGUACCAGCGAGAUUACGGUUACUAGCUGUGCCGCAAGCAUCACAGAUUGCCCAGCGGAUUCUACACUUGUAGUCACUUCUACUAUUGCAGUUUCAACCACAAUCUGUCCUGUUACGGAGACUGAGGCUGAGACUACCCCGGCAGCUGCGACAACUCCUGCUGAAUCUACUCAUGCUACCAGCUCGGCGGAAGUUUCCCCUGUUCACUCAUCCAGCUCCUUGUCUCCAGUGGUUUCGCCUGCCAGUUCUCAUUCAUCCUCGACAUCCUCUCUCCCCGCUGGUGUUGGGGCUACUUCUGCUGGAAUUUCUUCCGCAUCAGUCACCGCAUCACCAUCAAUGAGCAAGUGGACUACGUCAACUGUUUACUCGACUAGGGAGAUCACAAUUACUAGCUGUGCCGCUACGAUUACUGAUUGCCCUGCUGAUUCUACUACCGUGGUCACAUCUACUAUUGCCGUCUCUACAACUAUUUGUCCAGUGACGGAGACAGAGACAGAAACUUCCUCAUCAACUAAGGUAGUCUCUGCAAGCCCUGGCCCUAGUGGUGUUUCUCCCGAGGCCAGUACUGCGGUCCCUCAGGGCUCUGCCUCUGCUACGGAGUCCCCCAGCAGUUCUCAUGCAAGCCAUGCUGUGUCUCCGGUUUUGUCCCCUACUGGCUCUCCUGUCUCGUCGAGCUCUACUUCUAAUGUGACCUCGGCUGUAGUGAGUCCCUCAGUUAGCAAAUGGACCACAUCGACUGUCUACACAACAAGCGAGAUCACUAUCACUAGCUGCGCUGCUACUGUCACGGAUUGUCCUGCUGAUUCCACCACUGUUGUCACUUCUACUAUUGCAAUCUCGACUACAAUCUGCCCGGUAACAGCGACUGAGACUGAGACUGCCACUAAGAGCACUUCGGCAUCUGUGGGGCCUAAUGGAGUCUCUCCGGCUUCAUCCCCUUCAGAAUCAGUCUCGACUGCAGUUCCUACUCACUCAACCUCUUCUGGUGUUGCAACCUCGCCAGCUGUGACCGCAACUCCGACUGAGUGGACUACAUCUACUGUGUACAUCACUAGCGAGAUCACCAUCACUAGCUGUGCCGCUACAGUGACUGAUUGUCCUGCUGACUCCACUACUGUGGUCACCUCUACUAUCCCUGUCUCGACCACAGUACGCCCUGUCACCCGGACGGAGACAGAGACCGCGACUUCAACCCCCGUUGCACCCCACAGUGUAUCUCCGGAAUCUUCAUCUGCUGUAUCGCCGUCACCAGUGGAAAGCCCAACUGGCUCAUCCAGUCACUCUGAGUCUAGUCACUCUGGAACUCCCAUUGGGGCUACCUCACCUGCAGUGACCGUAUCGCCCACAAAGUGGACUACCUCGACUGUGUACAGCACUAGUGAAAUCACGGUGACUAGUUGUGCUUCUACUAUCACUGACUGCCCUGCGGACUCUACUACUGUGAUUAAAUCUACGAUCCCCGUAUCAACCACAGUUAUCCCGGUCACGGAGACGGAGACUGCAACUGCGACCUCAACUCCUGUUGCCCCUCAUGGUGUAUCUCCAGAAUCUUCAUCCGCUGUCGCAUCAUCGCCAGUGGUAAGCCCAAUUGGUUCAUCUAGCCACUCAGAGUCUAGUCACUCUGAAACUCCAGUUGGUGGUACCUCGCCUGCUGUGACUGCUUCGCCGACGAAGUGGACCACGUCUACUGUCUACAGCACCAGCGAGAUUACUAUCACAAGCUGUGCUGCUACGAUUACAGAUUGUCCUGCCGAUUCCACAACCGUGAUUACCUCCACAGUCGCUGUUUCGACUACUAUUCGCCCAGUUACUGAGACUGAGACAGGUGGUCAGUCCACAGCUACUAGUACGCCUACUCCAGAUGUAUCGGCUGUUGGUUCAACUGCCGCUGGAUCCACCGUCACCCACACUGUCUCUUCGAGCACUCAUUCUGGAACUCCUGUUUCUCCCGAGUCGAUUGUCACAGUGGUUACUUACGAAACUACGACUUGGUGUCCUGUUACGGCCACCGAGACUUCUGGUGGUUCCACUUACACUACUGUGAGUAGCAGUCUGUCAACUAUGACGGUUACGGCAACUUCCACCGUCCCUGUGACUUCUACUGCUCAUGCCACAACCCCUGUUGGCGUCGGUGCUGCUUCUACUUCCAUCACUCCCGAAUCUACGGUCACUGUAGUCACUUACGAAACUACGACUUGGUGUCCCGUUACUGCAACUGAGACUUCCGGCGGCUCAACAUACACAACUGUGAGCAGCAGUCUCUCAACUAUGACCGUGACAGCGACUUCGACAGUUCCUGUGACAUCGACAGCCAAGAUCACCGAAACUGAAACAAGUACUGUUGGGGUUGGUGCUCACUCUACCUCUGUGUCUCCCUCUGUGUCUCCAGUAGUCUCGCCUGUCGGUUCAAGUGUCACGGAGUCCACUACCACUGAGACUAUUUCCUCGAGUGCCCAUUCAGGUGCACCUGUUUCCCCAGAGUCAACUGUUACUGUUGUAACCUAUGAGACUACAACCUGGUGCCCCGUCACGGCGACCGAGACAUCAGGUAGUUCGACAUACACCACUGUGAGCAGCAGUCUUUCGACCAUGACAGUCACAGCAACAUCGACAAUCCCUGUGACCUCCACUGCUCAUGCUUCAAGCCCUGUAGGCGUUGGUACUCAUUCUACCUCGGUGACCCCUGAGUCAACAGUUAUCGCUGAGACUUCUACUGCUCAUACCACUGAAACUAGCCCUGCUGGAGUCAGUGCUCAUUCCAGCUCGGUGAUUCCUGGGUCUACAGUUACUGUAGUGACUUACGAAACCACAACAUGGUGCCCAGUUACAGCUACGGAGACAUCUGGAGGCUCAACCUACACCACCGUAAGCAGCAGUCUCUCGACUAUGACAGUUACAGAGACCUCAACAAUCCCGGUGACCUCUACAACUCAGGUCGCAGUCACAACCCCUGUCGGUGUUGGCGCUGCCUCCUCCUCCAUCAUUCCUGAGUCGACGGUUAUUCCUGAGACCUCGAUUGCUCGUGUCACCGAAACCAGCCCCAUUGCAGUCCCAUCCACAUCAGUGGGACCUGGAUCUACUGUGACUGUAGUGACUUACGAGACCACAACAUGGUGCCCUGUUACAGCCACUGAGACUUCUGGCGGUUCUACGAUCACCAAAGUGACCAGUACUCCUUCGGCAAUUACAGUUACAGAGACAUCGACAAUUCCUGUAGCUAGCACUCAUCAGGUUACUGAAACAACUCCUGUCGGCGUGAGUCCUGAAUCCACUUCGGUCACACCUGAGGAAUCUACCACGACUGUCAUCACUCACACUACUGUCUCCACCCACCCUGUGACCAACACGAUCACAUCAGGUGGAGUCACGAGUGUCCAGACUACUACAACUGAAACCACACUCACUUUGACUAAGACAUCGGUAAUUUGUGCCAAGUGCAGUGCUGGGUCUACCACAGUGCCUGGCAUUCCUGAGGCCACAGUUCCAGCUGGAACUACUUUAACCGAGACGUCUACUGCGGAGACUACCAACACUGCAGUGUCUGUGAUUCCAGUCAUUGUCACUCCCGGUGUGACCGCAACCUCUCCGGAGUCAACAGUGACAGUAGUUACCUACACGACAACAACCUGGUGUCCGGUCACAGCCACUGAGACCUCGGGCGGCUCUACGAUCACUAAGGUCACAAGCAGUUUGUCGACGAUGACAGUUACUUCGACUUCAACCAUUUGUACCGAGUGCUUAGCUGGCGCAACAACAGAAGCUUCAGGGUCAGCUGAGACUAUCACUGCUGAAACUACAGUGACCGAGACUCAUCCUGCGGGAGCCAGUGCAGGUGCAAGCACGAUCAUUCCCGAAGAGUCUGCCACAACUAUUGUCUACUACACUACAGUUACCAAUUACCCAGUAACCAGUACAAUCAGUUCCGGUGGCUCUGUCAGUACCUUCACUACAAACACAGUCUCUACUGUUACCCUCACCUCGAUUUCAACCGUGUGCACAAAGUGCAGCGCUGCAGCUAGCGCAACGACGACCGCCGUAGCCUGGCCACCUUAUCCCACAACUGUUCUUCAGUGUAUCAACAAAUGGCUGAGUACCGAGACCAACUGUACCUCCAACACAGACACAAGUUGCUACUGUCCCAACUCGAAGUUCACUGAGAAGGUCCAGCACUGUAUCAAAGCAAACGACACAUCGAAGACCGCUAUCCAAGAUGACCUGUCCUACUUCGCCGGUCUCUGCGCAAACUGGAUCCCAGAGAAUCCAGGAAUUGUGACCAACAUUCCUUCCAGCAUCACUCUGAUUGCAACAGUCUCUCCCACUGCACCCGCAGGUGUGAGUGCCGGGCGCACCACUGCAGCCCCAUCAUCUCCUAUCCCUUGCACCACAGUGACGUACUCUACCUACACCGUCACCUUGCCACAAGUUAGCUUCGUGACUUCAACUGUUUGGGGCAACAUGCCAACCCGAACCAUGAACCCAGGUGGUAUUCGAACCCCUGCGUCAUCCAUGUUCCGAUCCAAGAGUACUCCUAGUGGCAGUGCAGCAGCUUCUCCAAGCUACACUCCUUACUACAAUUCGGCAUCGAGUGUGUCAAACUCAGCUUCCUCAAGCAUUUUCCUUGGCUUAAUUGCCUAUCUCUUUGCUAUGUUUUUCUAG